UCGUGAUGACUGCAGAUGAAGGCAGAUGGACUACAGUGCUCAGUAGACACCUCUGGUCCCAGUCAAGCAGGCUCGUCAUCUGAACCUCACUCACAGGACAGUCGACUCAGAGAGGAGAUUUCAGUCGAAAUGGCUGAACCCUACGACUGCAUGGAGUGUAAGGAGUCCUUGUAUGGGCAAAAGUACAUCCUGAAGGACGAAAACCCGUACUGCAUUAAGUGCUACGAGACACUUUUCUCCAACAACUGUGAAGUGUGCCAAGGGCUCAUUGGCUGCACCAGCAAGGAUCUGUCCUUCAAGGACCGCCACUGGCACAGCGAAUGCUUCCUCUGCAUUAAGUGCUGCCGAUCUCUGGUGGAGCGGCCUUUUGCAACCAAGGAUGACAUGUUGGUGUGCAUCGAGUGCUACAGCAACGAGUACUCUGCCAAGUGCCAUGCAUGCCUGAAGACCAUCAUGCCAGGCUCUAAAAAGAUGGUGCAUAAGGGCAACAGUUGGCAUGAGAAUUGUUUCACCUGCAGCCGUUGCCAGCAGCCCAUCGGCACCAGGAGCUUCGUGCAGAAGGACGCCAACAACUACUGCUUGCCCUGCUAUGAGAAGCAGUUUGCCCAGCAGUGCUUCCACUGCAAGAAGCCCAUCACCACUGGAGGAGUGAACUACCGUGACCAGCCCUGGCAUAAGGAGUGCUUCGUUUGCACUGGGUGCAAGCAACAGCUGGCCAGCCAGCGGUUCACCUCUCGGGACGACUUCGCCUACUGCCUCGAAUGCUUCUGCGACCUGUUUGCCAAGAAAUGUGCUAACUGCACCAACCCGAUCAGCGGUCUCGGGGGAAGCAAGUACAUCUCGUUUGAGCAGCGCCAGUGGCACAACGACUGCUUCAACUGCAAAAAGUGCUGCGUGUCCCUGGUCGGUCGAGGUUUCCUGACGUGCAAAGACGACAUCCUCUGCCCCGACUGUGGCAAAGACUUCUGAGAGAUCUCCAAGCCGGAAAAUAGCCAAUCAAAGAGCACUGGCAGUAUUCUCCUAACCUGACCUUUUGUUGCAUUAAUUGUAUCAUUUAUUAGUUUCCUACACAUUAACCUGUUCUUCCUGCUAUGGUGUUUUCUGCAUACGCUGAUGAUACUGUUUAUAAAUGAGUUGAAGCCUUCAUUUCAAAAUGUAGUUGUCAGAAACAUUCCCAUUCGGGAAGCAAACCUUUUGUCAGUGUGUUUUCAUGCUUUCAUGUCAAGAAUCCUAAAGAAAAUGUGUUUAAUCUCAUUUUGGAAUGAAACUCUGUGUGUGUGGCAUCAAAAUAACAAUUUUUGAUAGAUACUUUAGAGCAUAUUAGGAGCACUAAGUUGUUUUAAUAGAUGGCACUGUGAUUGCAAUUGUUCUUAACAGAGUUAAUAUAAUACUACUAAUACUGUUUAUUCUAAUUACAUAAAUUCUGUUUAAUGAAAUCUACAUCUGUUAAGCACAAUAAAGAUUUUUUGGAUUUGA